GCGACAUCUACCGGCCAGGUGUGAAACUAGCUGUCACAAAGCGAUGGAAGAUAUAUUACUCGUCAGGUGACAGGUUGUAAAUAGCUUCAUGUAAUGUUAUAUAAUGGCGAAGACGGAAUAUUAUGUCGGCUUCAUCAUCAUCAGUCUUUGUCUAAUUUCAUCAGUGAAGUCAUCCUUCAUCUGCUACAACUGCCUGUACCCUGACAAAGGGUGUGGGGAUGACUUCCAGCCCCUGGUGCCUACCUCUUCUUGCAGUGGAUCCUGUCUCAAGAUUCGAGGAGAACGCUGGUCCGGGUCGGUUCGGAACGUGGAGGUGUACCGACUGUGUGGGGCACAGAUGAAGGAAGUUUGUGAAAAUGAUGUGAUGUACAACGGCAUUAAAACAACUCGAUGUGCAUGCAACUCCAACUACUGUAACCACAGCAACAGCCUCAUUGCAUCAUGGUUGACUGUCACUGGCAUCAUGGCAAUAUUUUUGUCAUUAUGAAUUAAUUUUCUUUGCACAAGAAAUAAUACUGGACAAUAACCCCAAAAUCAUUGGAAGCUUGUCUUCAUAUUCAGUUGAAAUUGAGUGUUAUUAGAGAUCAUACAAUUUCCUGUCUUCAGUCUAUUAAUAGUGGAGUCCGCGAAGAUCCGGGUUAGAAUUGAUCUUCAGUAACCCAUGCUUGUCGUAAGAGGCGACUAAAGGGAUCAGGUGGUCAGGCUCACUGACUUCGUUGACACAUGCCAUCAUAUCCCGGAGAUUGAUGUUCAUGGUGUUGAUCACUGUAUUGUCAAUAUUGCUGAGUGUGGCGUAAUCUAAACUCACUAUUAAUAGUGGACGUACAAUCUCUACAUGAUAGAUUUCUUCCCUUUCACAAGCAACCAAUUAAAUGAAUUUCAGAGACCAGCUGUUUAAAUUUUGAACUAAAUUUGAAAAUUGUUUUAAAUUAAGACCCAAAGCUAGAGAGGUCUAAAAUGUUUGUUUCAGACUUGAGGCAAAAUUAUACAUAUUUUAGUGCUUUCCUCAGAUAAUUAUUUUUAAAAGUCUCACCUAGGUAAUGAACCUUUAGAACUGAACGCACUUCUACCUUUAGCUGUUGAUUCUUGACAUACUUGUGUGUAAAGAGAACAAUUGUAGUAAGAUCACAUUGUCCAUGUGCUUAGUCUGUAAAUAUUUCUAUCGUGCAUAAUGUAUUAAUCACCUUUGAUAUGUUUUCUCAUCACUUUUGCAUUGAGAAACCAACUUAUUUUCUAUAUUAAUCAUGUUGAUAAUCAUUUCUACAAUACAUAUUGAGAAACAUUUUUUUACAUUUGUAUAUUGGUUAAUUGGAAAUAAUUGGAGAUUAAAUCCCUCAGAAAACCUCAUAUCAUAUGUGGUUAAUUAUCCCAUCUUGACAUGAUGUACAUAGCACAAAGCAAUACUGUACAUGGAAUUGAGUCCAGUGAUGAAACCUUGCUCAGCUUUGUUUGUUGACCUUUUAUACAUAAAUCCUUUACAAAAAUGA